AACUCCUAUUCACGGACGAUUUUCGGGCCGCUUUCACACAAUUUCUCAACAUUUGACAAUUUAUUUAAAAGGACACAGUGGCGCAAAUCGGUUUGACGAAGGAAUGCGGCAGUGGCUAACGGCACGGCCACACUCAAACUAAUUUUUUCCACACAAAAUUUAAACAAAUUACAAGUUCAUUUCACUAUACCCAUCCCAAUUACUUAAUUUUUGGAACAAUUAUCAUAAACGGUAUAAAAGGGCUUUAAACCACAUUUUUUGUGACCGUAACCACUUCCUGGUAUUUUUUCAAAUUGUCAUUCAAGUCCAUGGUUAGAAAACAGUUAUUAUUUUUAUUCAUUCCAAAAUGUAGUAAACAGAAGCCAAAAAUCGAACAUUUAAAUAGGUUUAAAGACAUUACUUAAAGAAAAAAAUUGAAGAAAACCGACGGAAUGCGGCAGUGGCUAAGCCACUUCCUGUCAUUUUUUCGAAUUGUUGUCAUUCAAGUUCGUGGUUAGGAAACAAUUUAUUUUUUUAUUUACGCCUAAAUGUAGCACUUAGAAGCCAAAAAUCGAACACUAAAAUGGAUUUAAAGUCAUUACUUAAGGAAAAAUUGAAGAAAACCGAGGGUGUGAAAAAAUCGCCCUCCGAGUCGGAAAAACAAGAAGAUGAGUAUUUCCAGGCCUACAUGAAGCAGUACUGCAACAAACUACCAAACGAAAUCACCGGUAUUCCUCGUUUUUACAACAAAUUACCAAAAGAAGAUGAGCCUUUGAGACAAAAACUGCGCGAGGAAAGCCGCUCUAAUUUACUAAAACGCAAAAGUCAGAAUCUUCUGGAUAACAACGAAUUGAAGGAACUAUGGGUGAUCUUGGAUCAGAACCAAAGUUACCCUGAGGAGCAGUUAAUCACUUACACUGAUUACCAGAAAGUGGUGUCAUUGGUGGGCCCCAAAGUCAAGCCGUACUUCACUUCGGUCGUGUUUGCGAAACUCCAACAGGGUGACCCCCAGGGGAGGGUCUCAAUUAUGUCGCUUUUCAACUACGUGAUGCGUAAAGUGUGGCUGCAGCAGACUAGGAUAGGGUUAUCGCUUUAUGACAGCACAGGACAGGGAUAUUUGACCGAAAUCGACUUGGAGAAUUACAUAACUGAGUUGUUACCAACGUUGCCGCAACUUGAGGGGCUGGAAAAGUCGUUUUAUAGUUUUUAUGUGUGCACAGCCGUUCGAAAAUUCCUGUUUUUUCUUGAUGGGGUACGUGCGGGCCGUGUGCGAAUUUUGGACAUUUUGGCGUGUUCGUUCCUUGAUGAUUUACUGGAGUUGAGGGACGAGGAGUUGAGUAAGGAAGUCCAGGAGCAAAACUGGUUCAGUGCCCCUUCGACUCUGCGCAUCUACGGGCAUUAUUUGAACCUCGAUCGGGACCACAACGGGAUGUUGAACAAGUCUGAACUUGCCGGCUACGGCUCGGGGACUCUCACACAGCCCUUCCUAGACCGUGUCUUUCAAACACUCUUGACCUAUUCUGGGGAGAUGGACUAUAAGACUUAUCUAGAUCUAGUGCUAGCGUUGGAAAAUCGGGCGGAGCCUCAAGCUCUAGCGUUUUUAUUCCGCAUUUUGGAUAUAAAUAGUCAAGGCUAUUUGGACUCUUUCACUUUGAAUUAUUUCUUUCGGGCAAUUCAGGACCAAAUGAGGGCUCAUGGAGCCGAAGCUGUGUCCUUCGAAGACGUUAAAGAUGAACUCUUUGACAUGGUGAGGCCCAAAGAUCCGGAAAAAAUCACUCUGAACGAUUUAAUUGCAUGUGGACAGGGAGACACUUUUGUCAGCAUUUUGAUUGAGUUUCACCGGUUUUGGGCCUACGAAAAUCGGGAGGCGGUCACGGCCGAGCCUUCGCAAGACUGAAUUUCUCAUAAUUAUUUCAAUAAACACGAUUUUAUGUA